AUGAGCCAGCAUCCGACUCAACAGCAGGCCCCGUUCUACGCCUCUCCGCCACCCUUUUCCAAUGGCGGGGCUCCAUACCCGCCCGACAAGGCAUCGGGCCAGCAAUCUGGGGUCGGGACCCCACUGCCGACCGGCCAUUUGGUAGGCCCCGGCACCGGCGUCGCUGCCGAUGACGUGGGUAACUUCCACGGAGGCAGCUACCGCAUCAGCCACCGCGACUCAAACACCGUCCUAAGCGUUAACCUCGCAGGGGGCUGCCCCUUGGACGCAAAGCCCGGGGCCAUGAUUGCAAUGUCGCCCACCGUUUCCCUCAAGGGUCAGGUCAAAUUCAGCUUCAAGAAGGUGCUUGCCGGCGCCGAACUAAGCGCAUCCACGUUUACCGGCCCGGGCGAGCUGCUUCUCGCCCCCCCCACGCUCGGGGACAUUACAAGCAUCCCACUUACGGGCAACGAGACCUGGUCCGUGGGCAAGGACGCCUACCUGGCCUCGACUCAGGGCGUUUUCAAAGACUAUAAGCGACAGGGGCUAGGCAAGGCCUUCUUUAGUGGCGAGGGUUUGUUUGUAUACAAAAUCAGAGGCACGGGAAUAAUUUGGGUCACCAGUUUUGGUGCCAUCAUCAGGAAAAACAUCAUGCCCAGGGAGGAGUACAUUGUCGACAACGGCCACCUUGUUGCCUGGAACACCAAGUAUGUGCUGGAGCGAGUCGGGUCCGGCUUCAUGUCCAACUUUGCCUCUGGCGAGGGGCUGGUGUGUCGAUUCACCGGCCCAGGCACCGUCUUGAUCCAAACCCGGAACCCCGAAGCAUUCAUCUCGUAUAUUGGCCAAGGGUUGGCCGAGUAG